AUCAAGUCCAACAAAUUGUGCAAUGGCAUGUCGCAGCGAUUGGCCGGAAGAUGGUCCGGUCUUGCUGCUAUUGCUCGCCAGAGGCCUGGAAGACGUUGCCAUCCACGUCUUGCAUCGUUGCCUGGAAUCGGCUCAACGCCCAGAGUCGGCACAUUUGCAUUCCGAGCGCUGCUUGGAGACCACAGCAACUUGUCCACGACGUCCAGAGGCAUCUGUGUCGUAUUUAUGGCCCCCCUUGGCUUCACAUCGUUGGACAGCGCUGAGUGCGACCCAGGCCGAGGACGCAGAUGCUCGUUGGCCCUGCGCCUUGCCCAAAGCAGAAGAAGGUGAAGCUUUCGUGGGCAAGGUGCUGCUGCAGCUUAGUGGUUUUGCAAGCUGUCAGCGUCGACAUGUGCUGCGCUACCUGCUGCACUGCGGCCUCUUUCAGGGCAUCUUGGCAUUCUUGACAGCAGCUGAUGACAUUCAAAGCCAGGGCGCUCGAAGUGGACGAGGUAGCGAAACAUCAUUUCAUGGAAGUUUGAGACAGUUGGAGGAGUUGGUUGCCACCUCUCCCCGUUGGGCCGCAGCGCGUCAGCUGCACCGCGAAGUGUUGAGCCUUGAUGGGAGCAGCGAUGAGAGGUCCACCGGGAAGACCCGCUUCCGGGCCUCCUGUGUGCGAGAUGGUCAGCACAAAGGUUUUCGCUCCCAAGACGCCAUGGCAGCAAUGGGUGCUGGAGCGAUGGUGGCCAAUGAAGACUUGGAGAUUGAUCUCUACGGAUACGAGUUGGAAGUCUUCGGUUUUCUGAGUGGCCAGCUGUUUGCUUGUGGACUUUGGCUGGGCGAAGAAUGGCGAGUGAACCCUCGUGGCGAGAUUUAUGGUGGAGCUGAGCGGAACUUUCAUUGCGUUCCUGUCGGAGAUCGACGGGCCUACCUGCCGCACGACGUACGCAACCUGCCGCGCCUGCGGCCCUCGACUGCGCUGCUGAUGCUGAACAUGGCGGGGCCACGACCGGGCGAAUUGCUUCUGGAUCCCUUUGGAGGGGUGGGCACCAUUGCGGUGGAAGCUGCGUGCCGCUUUCCGGCGUUGCUGUGCAUCUCCUCGGACAAGGAUCCAAGUGCUUGUCACACUGCAGCAAUGCAUUGUCAGUUGGCAAAGAAAAUGGGUAGACUACAGCCAGGUUCUAGACUGGAAACCAGAAAGUGGGAUGCACGGAAGUUGAAGUUGGAAGAUCGCUCCGUGGACCUCAUAGUGAGCGAUUUGCCCUUCCUGAAUCGCUGUGAUUUUGAUUUUGAUUCAGGCACAAAGUGGCGAAGGGGGCCAUGGGAAAUCUAA